AUGAGGACAACCAAUUUCCUACUCAUCAUUGUUGUUGUGACCGUGUAUGCCAUCGGUGUACCAGCCACGGGCUGUGGUGAUUCGAUGGGAACCCAAUUGUGGAACACGACAGGAGCUAAUGGAUGGGAACCAAUCAAGAACAUAAAUGACAAACACAUCCAGGAGCUUGGCGAUUGGGCGGUGUUGGAAUUCAGCAAGCAUGUGAACUGCCUGCUCAAGUUCAACAAGGUGGUGAGUGGCAGACAACAACUCAUGCCUGGCAUGAACUACGAGCUCAUCAUUGAUGUGACACACUUUGAGGGGAAAGAUAGAAAAUACAAGGGAGAGUUGCACGAGCAGGAGUUGACCAAGAAACGCCAACUUCUCUCCUUCAUGAUGGUGAACUAA